GAGGGAUAGACCACAUGGUUCCCAAUCCAUCCAGAGAAGUAACACAAAAACAUCGCAAUUUUCACGAGCCAACGAACAGCUCAACUGCAACAAAAACAUUUACGCAGUUUACGGAAGUUCACAAAAACUCGACCGAAAACGUCGUGUGUCACGUGUCCCUCAGACGUUCAUCGGAAAUAACAAACUCAUGAAUUGUUAAUAAUCGGUGUCAUUGUCGUUGACAGAACAGAGGACUGCGGAGUUGCUUUGUCGAGUAAUAUUUUUCCGGCAUUAAGAACAUUUUAGUGGUAAAUCGAACGAAAGAAAAACCGAACGUGUAACGCGUGGGUGCCAUCAGUUAUUUGGUUUGUCCAUGCAAUUUCGUGAUUCUCAGGGUAUUUGCAUCACGUAUCACGAGUGGGUAAAAACCAAAAAUAGUUGUGGGUGGUACUGAUGGUAUCAUGCGAAGUGAUAACUUGAUGUAGGACAGCGUAUGCAGUGAACUAAAAUUGUGAAAUAAUUUUUUUCGAGUUAUUUAUUAUGGAGAAGCUGUCGAAAAUAGCUUGUUCCUUUCGAUGGGCCUGGGGUGGACAUCGGGGACCUCAUGCUGAGAAUACGAGGAGUGUCGAGGGAGAUAUGGAAACCUCCAAGAGAAUUUUCGGUAUUUUGGAGAGCAUCCUUCUGUGGGAGAAUUCAGUCAACAGUAUUUCUGUCGUUGUUGUAUUCAACAUUCUAUUCUGGGGGAUAGUUGUAUUGGAGAUCCGGGGUUUUGCUGCGGCCAGCAGUGCCGCGCUCGUUGUGAUCCUCUGCUACAGUACCCUCGAGGCACAAGUUGAAAAAGAGAAGGGCGGGUCGGAGUCGACAAUAAGCCACCCGAAGCCCGAAAAAAUCGAAAAAUUAAUCACCAAAGUCAAAUCAACGUGCGAUGGCUUGAGAACACUACGAGAGAAUCAACCUGGAAUGUUCUGCGCUGGUGUUUGCUCAGCCUCGUUGAUACUAUGGCUAAUAGGUCGUGCAAUCAGUGGACUUCUACUUACAUACACGUUAUGUAUGAGCAUUUUACUGGGACCUGUAUUAUUACUCCGGCUACCGAGUAAAAUUUUCCCAACGAAAGAAUGGGACAAUGAGAUGGAAGAAUUUUUACCAGCAGUUACAGAGGAUAAUAUGGAGGUCCUGAAAAGAGCGGGAGAGAAUGGAGAUCCUUGUCCAACGCCACAUGACACCAAGACCGCGGAUGAUCCAUUUAAUGACGACGAACUUAUCGGAUUGAAAAUGCCAUCUCACGAAGAGGGCAGCACAGAUGGUCUAGAGCUGUCCGAAUUGGAAUUGAGUACAGAAGGUGACAAUGACAAUGCUGAUAUCAAAAUGCAGACUGGACAUUUUGAAGGGAGUUCCUCUUCAGAGGACGACGGGGAUCUUGGAUUGAAAAAUCCAGACACAUCGAGUAGCAGCGGCGACAGCGAGAGCGAAUUCGAGAUAAUCGACAGCCAUGAAAUCACUGGGUUUGACAGUAAUCUAUGAAAAAUUGUGGGGACAUGUGGAAUUUUCAGAUCAUUGUGCAUAUCGAUUAAUCAAUCACUUAAUUCGGUAAUCAAACUGCAGGGGUAUAUUAUUGAAGGUCCUUUGGAGUUUAUUAUUUUCACCACAAGCUGGUCCUAAAGGUUAAUUUACUCCAUAAAAACCUGCAAUUCUUCUCUAGUGAGUGAAAACUACACGUAUCGAAUUAUUAGAUAUAUUUUAUCUUCAAGAUAAUGAAAUUGAAAAUGAUACUUUAUUUUUUUAUUUUUUUAAUCGAAAAAGAUAUUGUGGUUCCUAAAAUUGUGAUUUUUCUGUUUUGGUGCUUGGGUAGAACAGCCAUUUUGAUAAUUUUAAUUUUUUUAGAAUAAUGAGUACAGUAUUGUCCGAUGUGCAGCAAUGAUCUUGGAAUUGAAAGCAGUGCAGGAUAGGUACAGGAUAACUGUGUACUUCAGAACAUUCACUCGGACCUAGAGUCAAUGGUCCGGUUUUUUCGUUCUUUUUGUUAUAUUAUGAUGUGGAUAGUGAUUCAACAAAAAUGAUUAAUGAUUAUGUAAAUGUAGAUAGAGCUAUUGAUUUCACGAAUCGAUAAUUUUACUGAUUAUUCGUGCUCAGGAAGUUCUCUUUCGUUUUUCCCCUUCGCAAUUGAAAUAUUGACGGUACAAAGUGUUUUUAUUUUCAAAAAUGGACGUGAUAUUCAGAGAGUCUAGUUAAUACCCGUAACUAAUCAGUGAAGGUUUGUUAAUACCCGGUAUUUUUUGAAAAUGUCCUGUGUCAUUGGACAAUGAAAUAUUUCCCUGCAGAAAUGACGCUUAAUGCUAACACUUCCUUAAACCGAGUUUCUACAAUCUACAAAAAAUGCUAUUAUAGAAGAGUUAUUUAUUUACACAUAUAUGAUUUCAAUAUUUCUACAUACAUAUACCUAUGUACAUACACGUUAUGUAUGCGUGCUAUGCGUAUCGAUAUAUUUUUCAAUAUAUGAUAAAAUUAAAUGUGUGAGAAUGACCUCACAUAUACAUUUUUUGGACAAAAUAAAAAUUCAAUCUUCAUGUA